AUGGCCACGGCAGUCAGCGUGGAGGGCAGCACCUUCACGCUCCUCAUUGACAACUACGACUCCUACACCUUCAACCUGUUUCAGUACUUGGCCGAGGUCAACGGCCGCCCGCCCUGCGUCAUCCGCAACGACCAGCUCACAUGGGAGGCCCUGCAGGCCGUCCUGCCUCACUUCCACAACGUCGUCAUUAGCCCCGGUCCUGGCGUGCCGUCCAACAGUGCAGAUUUCGGCGUGUGUGAACAGCUGCUGCGUGAGGCCGAGUUGCCCGUCCUCGGCGUUUGCCUGGGCCACCAAGGCCUUGCCCACGUGUCCGGCGCCGAGAGAGCGAUCGUUCAGGUGGUGCGGGCGCCUCGUGUGGCGCAUGGGGUGGUGAGUCAAGUGCAGCACACCAACGAUCCACUGUUCCAGGGCGUGCCCCUCUCCUUCAAGGUGGUGCGCUAUCACUCAUGGACGGUCUCAGACGCGCCCGCGUUCGGUCAGCACCUGGAGUGCAUCGCGCGCUCCGUUGACGACGGGUUGGUGAUGGCGAUCAGGCACAAGGCGCGGCCCAUGUGGGGCGUGCAGUUCCAUCCGGAGUCUGUCUGCACCGAACACGGCAAGACCAUCCUCCGGAACUUCCGCGACCUAAGCCGGCGGCAUCGCGCACACGUGCCUGCAGCCGGUCUUCUGCAAGCUGUUCGCGGACAGCCCAAAGUGCUUCUGGUUGGAUUCCUCUCGCACCGAUUCCCAGGCGUGCAGAGGGAGGUCACCACGUGGAAGCGACGAGGAGGCCAGGUCCAGCAACGCGCAUACCGACUGGCAGCCGACCAGUCCUUCUUUGACGUUGUCGACCGCAAACUCGCCAAGCGCAAGUGUCCCAUCGACAAAGACUUGCCAUUCGAUUUUGUGGGCGGGUUCGUGGGCUACUUUGGUUACGAGAUGAAGCACGAGGCUGGGGCCUUUCCCGAUCUCCCCUCCACAGCUCAAGCAGACGCGCCCGAUGCUGCGUUCGUCUUUGCCGAUCGGGUGGUGGCGUUUGACCACGUCGCCCGCAGCGUGUAUGUGAUGUGCCUUGGCAAAGAGGCCCGCGGCACUGGCGAAGAAGGAGGGGCAGAGGAGCGGGCCAGCCGGGAAUGGUUCGCCCAGGUCGAGCAGUCCUUGGCGUCGGACCCGAGCGCCGCCACGAGCCCUCGCCACACGUCUCCGUCUGUCCAGGACAACGCGGAGCAGCAGCCGCCCGUGCCCUUUGCAUUGCAGCGGCCCUACGAACAGUACAAGGACGACAUCCGGGCGUGUCUUGAGGAAAUCGGCAGAGGGGACAGCUACGAGCUCUGCCUCACCAACAAGAUCACCACCCCCUUGAGGCCCGAUCCGCUGGGGCUGUACCUGCGGCUGCGGGAAUCCAACCCGGCGCCCUUCGCCUCGUUCCUGCGGCUCGAGGAGGACCUCCACAUCCUGUCGUCGUCCCCGGAGAAGUUCCUCAGCGUCGACAAUGCUCGUACGGUGGAGUGCAAGCCCAUCAAGGGCACCACGCCUCGCGGGCGCACCCCCGAAGAAGACGAAGCUCUCAAGGCCCACCUGCAGUCCAACCCCAAGGACUUCUCGGAGAACCUCAUGAUCGUGGACCUGAUCCGAAACGACAUGGGGCGAGUGUGCGAGAUCAACAGUGUCCACGUGCCCUACCUCAUGCACGUCGAGUCCUACGCCACUGGGUCCAUGACGGGGGCGCCCAAGCUGCGGAGCAUGGACAUCCUCAACCGCCUGGAAAAGGCCCCACGCGGCGUGUACUCUGGCGUGCUGGGCUAUCUCUCGGCGGCGGGCUCGGCCUCGUUCAAUGUCGUCAUCCGCACCGCUGUCAUCGGACCCCAAGCGGUGGUGGCCGAUUCGGAUGUGGAAGGCGAGUUCGACGAGAUGUUGCUCAAGGCCCACCGCCUCAUCACCACCAUUUGCGACGCCGCGGGCCACCGCAAGGACGGGCUGGCCAUAGCGGGAGUGCCGCCGGAGAAGCUCCUCUCCCCUCCCCCCGCUCCCGCUCCCGAGCCUCCGUUCUCCGGGGCGGCGGCGUUCCUCCGGUCUCUCUCGCCUCGGGGCAUGGACUUGGGGGUGGGCCGCAUCCGCUCCUUCCUCGCCUCGUUGGGCGAACCUCAAAACCAAG